UUUUUAUCUUUUUUCUUUUUUCUUUUUUUCUCUCUCUUUUCUCUCUAAAUAAAUCAAGAAAGACCUAUGAAAGCAAUAGUUGUUUUUUUCCUCUUUCUCUUUUGUUUACAGUGUCAAGCAACUAUCACUAUUGUUGAAACCAAUGAUACACUGGUGGAUCGCAUAGCGGCUUUUGGACCAAGAAUAGAUGGUGAUAUUGGUAUUACUGGUCAUUUAUCACCACUUGCAGAUAGUUUAUAUGGUUGUGAACCCAUCAAAUACACACGUAAACAAGACUGGAUUGCAUUGGUCGAGAGAGGACAAUGUUCUUUUAUACAAAAAGUGAAAGCUAUGCAAGAAAGUGGUGCUAUUGCUGUUAUUGUAGGUGAUAGAAACUUUAAUGGUUGGGUAACAAUGUAUGCUCCAGGUGAUACGUCUGAUGUACAUAUUCCAAGUUUAUUUGUAGCACAACAUCAAUACAAACUGCUUUUACAGCUAUUUGACAAUCAUAACCAUACCUCUAUACCUGUAAGAUUAUCAGGCGAUGAUUUACUGACAUGGCCUCUUUUAGACAUGUUGCUUGUUGUCGUACUGUCUCCUGCUGUCAUGAUGCUCUUUAUCUACUUUACAUGGCAAAUAAGACAAAGACAGCGUAGAAAGAAUGAUAUUGCACCUACCAAUUUUGUAUCUAAAUUACCCACCUAUACUUUCAAACGAGAAAAGAUUGUAGAUACUGAACAUGUAGAGUGUGCUAUAUGUCUUGAAGAUUACCUUGAAGGAGACAAGUUACGAACAUUGCCUUGCAAACAUGAAUUUCAUGCUAAAUGUGUAGAUGCUUGGUUAACGUCACACAAGAAAUUCUGUCCUAUUUGUAAAUUUGAUAUCUGUCAAAAGAUAGAUUCCUCUAAAUCUUCCUCCUCAAUACCCCCAAGUGAACGUACACCACUUUUAGGUGCCUAAGUAUUGUUUUUUUUUAUUAAACCAUAUUGUUAUUGUUACACAUUAACGGGAGAACAAUUUAUUUGUUGUUGUUGUUGUUGUUGCUGGAGCUAUGGCUAAUUUCUUCAUAUACAAGAAUUCAUUUUCUAAUUCUUCAUCUUCUAAGG